GAAAAUCGGGAUCGGGGAUUCGAUCUUAGGUUACUCGAUUAGGUAGCUUCCUAUAUAAACCCUUCGGGAUCUAAUACACAGUAUCAGUGUCUUCAGAUAUCUUGAAGUGUUCUCAACGUAACAAUCCACCAAAAUCAAAUCAAUUCAAAAUGUUCAAAUACAUGAUCGUCGUUCUGGCCCUCAUUGCCGCUGCCUUUGCCGCCCCAGAGCCAAAGCCCCAGUACUUCUACCCAUCGGCGGCCUCGUACAGCUACAACUACGCCAAGCCUGCUGUGUAUUCUUCGGGAGCGUACUAUCCCAGCGCCUACUCAGCAUCGUCGGCGUACUUUGCACCGGCUGCCUACAGUGGAGCUUCCUAUCCAGCCUAUGCCUACCUGUAAGCCGGAAAUCGACAUCCUUCCCCAUCUCUUGAUCUGCUGUGUACUUCUGGUCACCUCGCGAAAACUUCUAAUCUUUUUGGAACUUGACUCACUCUAUGGAGGACUAAAAUAGCAAUGAACGGAAAUAAAUUUCUUCGACUUUCGCGGUGAGAUUUUAAGAAAUCCUGAAAUCUUCCGGUGAAUGUUUGCUGGCAAAAUA